GAUUCAAUGAUCUCUAUAAGCUCGCAAUGCCCUUAAUCAUUAAGGGCAUUGCGAGUCCAGAUUUUUUUUAUAUACGUUUGUGGUUUUGUACAUAGGCUAUAUACAGUUCUUAAUAGUACUAGCCCCGCCUAGGUUUGACGUUGUCUUCAUUUCAUUACCACUGACGUAGCAGGGAAUCCACCUUGGCUAUACGGUAUACCUACGUGUAAUUUUGUAAGCUCGUGCAAGGCUUGUUUUUUGGCAUUCAUGGAGGUUUAAAUCGACGGACUGCAACUGAGGAAAUACCUGCCAGACAUUAACUGUCAAGCUUUUCAUGAUUUGAAGUUCCGUGCCAGUUCAAGUUUAAAGCUGACUCUUGCAGGCUAAAUUUGACCUCUGACCUGUGAAUCAUUCUCACACAAACGUGGGAGAGUUACCAUUGAACCUGCUCUAAAGUGAACCCAAAGUGUGUCUUAAUUGCCACCGCCGGAGCCAAGGGAGAAUACUGGUGCAUUGAGGACGGCCCAAAAGGCUUCAGGUCAAUCUCAUGCGCACAGCCAGCCAGGAAAAUGAUUCACUGUUCCCUUAAUGCCCCCAGGGAAACGUAGUGUUAAGACUCCAGAUGAAGAACUUGUAAAGGAAGGAGGAAGGGGGGGGGGAUUGCGGCUUGUCUUGCAUAUUCAUGUCAAAGCGGCUCCCAGCGCUUGACAGGCCAGGUUUGCUAUUCCUGUCACUUCUUGGUCGGGGAGAAGUCGGAAAUCAUGACGCUUCCUGGGAGCUGGAGGAGGUACGUCUGCAGCAGCCGCGGUCUGCGGGCUUGCUAAACUGGCUAAGCCAAGGUUUCAUCAUCUACAUGUACAUUACAUGGAGGUAUGAGCACCGGUACCAGUCUGCACCUUGGCGACUUGAUGGGAUUAGAACAUACGCAGAAUUGAGGUUCUUGUAGAUUCGCAGUUUUUUUUGUGUUAUUGGACUGAGUGGAUGAAUGUUUGGUGCCUCUGAGGUCAGCUUCUUAGGUUGAAGCGUGGAAGGAGGCCAGGAUCAGCUCUCCUGCUUCAUUUGGUCAGAGACAAAACGGCAACAGACCUGUUGAAUGUGACUGAAAUAUUCACAAGAUAAAAGCUGCUGUCAUCCCGUCGUGUUCACAUGCCUGUGAUUAGCCUAUCCACGUACGUAGUUUCCUCAGAUGUGUCAAAGCCUGGCUUAACCAUGGCAGGCCAUGGUGAGCAGCGGGCACCCCUGGUCCACACUGAGAGGUUGGGACCCUUCAGCACUGAUGACUUCUCAUCUCAAGUUAAAAUGGAUAAACACCAUUGUGCUUCUGAAGCAGAAGCAACUACGGUGAUCUCCAUGGAUGUCUUGAAUGUGGACCCCCUGAGUACCCUCGAAUGCUUGGAGAUGGAAGCCUCCCCGGGCAGAUUGUCAGGUGCUACAGACGAUCUGAGCGGUCCAGUCGCAACUAUCCGAGAGGGUAGGUUUGUUGACAGGAGCGACCAUUGGGACCCGACGUUGAGAAACUCGGACCCCCUGAGCACUCUGGAACACCUUGAGAGGAUCGAUGCGGAUUAUGACGACCCGUUGAACACUGCAGAUCCGUACGCUAAAAUACUCAAGUCCCAAUGCUCAGAGAAGAUUGUCCAUCACAAGAGGACUGGCUUGGAUGAAAAUGGAGGCAGUCUUCAGCCUCAUGACGUACAUGUAAUCAGCAGCCAGGUGAAACCAAGUUUGGGCUUAAUUCUGUCCAAUCCCUGUGACGGGGGGGCCAAGUCAAGAGAGUUACCGGUACCAGACCCGAAACUGUCCCCGGGCUAUACACCCAUUCACCGGAGGCAGCCACAGAGGUGCGAGGUGACCCCAGAGAUGGACCAGCGCAUCUCGCGGGUGGCCACCAUCCUGCAGGCAGAGUACGGGCUGAGCAACACCAAUCAGAGCAACCAGGGCCUGGCGGGCUGCCUGGGGUAUAUUGAGGACGGCUACUCCACCAUCAGUAAGUACAGAGAUGAGGGAGAGGAUGCUGAGGUGAACGGUCAUCAACAACCUCCGCCGACUGUGGAAGGAGGAUCCCACCUACAGACUGUCAUGAGACAGCACAAGAACCCCGCACCCGAAUGCAGAAACAGCACGGCACGGUACAGCUCUUGCGUGUCCGCACUGGAAAUUAACACAAGCAGACAGAAGCUCUUACGUGAUGAUAAGGUUCGCUUUGGCACCCUGGAUCCAAGGAAACUGGAGGACGUCACGCAGUCCAAGUUUGUCGACGGCCGUUACGUAAACCCAUGGGACACCUGGAGGGAGCCCUCUGCGGGCAGUGCCCUCAAGUUCUUCUGCAUGCGCAGCCACAGUGGAGUGCCCUCCAAGGAGGUUCUCGAGCAGACUCUACCUGUGCUGACUCCCGACCCUAGUAAAAUUGACACACCACCCACGUCUGGCAUCAAUGUGACCUGGAUUGGGCAUGCCAGCCUGCUGGUCCAAUUUGAUGGUGUCUCCAUCCUGACUGAUCCCAUCUUCAGCAGCUUCUGCGGGCCCGCCUCUCUGGUCGGCUACAAGCGCUUUCGGCCGGUGCCCUGCACCAUAGGUCAGCUGCCCAGGAUCCAUGCUGUGGUCAUCAGCCACUCCCACUACGACCACCUGGACCUACCGACGGUGCAGGCAUUGAACAGCCGCUUUGGUAGUGACCUGCGGUGGUUCGUGCCCCUGGGGAUGAAGGAUUGGUUCACCAGGACCGGGGUGGAGGACGUCAUUGAGCUGGACUGGUGGCAGGAGAACUGCAUCCCGACUCAUCCGAAGGUGACCUUUGCCUUCACUCCCACCCAACACUGGUCCAUGCGCACUGGCUUGGACAAGUGCAAGAGCCUGUGGGGGAGUUGGUCCGUCAUCGGACCCAACCAUAGGUUCUUCUUUGCCGGGGACACAGGCUUCUGCAAAGCCUUCAAAGAGAUCGGGCAACGGUACGGCCCAUUUGACGUGGCUGCUAUCCCAAUUGGAGCGUACGAGCCGAGGUCUGUCUUAGAGCCGCAGCAUGUCGACCCGUCCCAAGCUGUGCAGAUCCAUCGGGAUAUCCGGAGCAAGCAGUCGGUUGCAAUCCACUGGGGAACGUUUCAGAUGGGAAAGGAGCACUACUUGGCUCCGCCGGACGACCUGAAGAAGGCCCUGGAAGAGGCUGGUCUAACGGACGUGAACUUCUUCACCAUGAAGCACGGCGAAACCAGACAUUUAGCGGGUAAAGAAGACGGGACAGCCUAAUAAAUGCCCGGUUUAAAUCUCGGUGUUCAAACUUGUUGCACGGGGCAAAGGCUGCAGUGAGCACAAUGUUCUAAAUAAUGUAUCAUACAUCUAAACCACCAAAACACAUUGUUGAAAUGAUCAGGGGACAGAGCAUUACAGUUGUAUGUUACGUGAAAUUUUCAUGACUGUGACAGAACACGACAGUUUUGCUACGAAGGUUUCAUGUAAAAAAUUGCCAUAGGAAAGCGCACGAACACAAAGCGUGACGUAAUUAUGUUUAAGGUCAAUUUACAAUACUUCUUUAUGUUUCCGAGGUAUCUCUGAAAGACUUUCAGAUAUAUCCAAAUUUAUUUCGAGAUAUCUUUUAAUUUAUGUAAAUGUGUCUCGAAAUCCAUUCGAAGAUGUAUCUAAAUUUAAAUUUCAGAAAUCUGAUAUUUGCGAGUCUAUUUUGCGGUUUAAAUAAAUUUAUUUCAAGAUAUCUUAAACCUUUUUCAUGUUUUUCUUACGUUACCUGUAUUGAUUUAAGAUAUAUUUCUUAAUGUCAAAUUAUCUCCGAAUCCAUUUCGAAAUAUAUAGAUUUCAUUGCAAGAUAUCUCGAAAUCCCUUUUAAAGUCUGAAACUUUUAUAUACAUAUAAGCAGUUAUCGUUUCCGUUAAAUUCUCUUUUCAUGGCAAAACUGUGCCAACGAAGUGGAAAGGAUUACAUAGAAAAAUCAUUUCGGGAUAUCCAGAGAAAUCAUUUCGGGGUAUCCAGAAAAUCGAUUCCAAGACGUCUUGAUAUUUUUUUCUUACUUAAGCGGAGACAGCUGUGAAUGCACUUAUAACGUUUUUAAUUGAUGUGAAUAACACUCUCACGUCUGUGUGCCAUACCAAGUUUAACAAUUACUACUGCAAAAUGAAACAAGUUAGAGAGCCAUGCGCUGGAAUCGAAAAGUCCGGCCCUCUCACAUUUAAAAAAAAAUUAAAAUCCAUUAUACCAGACAUUUCGCUGUCUUGAAGAGUAUAACCCAACUGCCUGAAUGGUGACUUAAAAACGGGUCUGCCUCGUUUUUUUGUGAAUUAUAGAUCUAUUUCUGUCUAUAGUGUAAAGUUAGUUGCGAACAUUACUCUUUAGACAUCUAAAACAAUAACAAAGAACCAUAGGUAGAAUGAGACCGACUUCGAUACCAAUAUUGUGAACUAUACAAAUUUCCCACACGAGUUUGGUCUUCUCCUACCUCACGUUGUUGGUGUAAGGUGGUUAAACGUAGGUGACCUGCACUUUGAUGUGUGGUUUUUAUCGAUUCCGUCGGUUGUCUGAAAUUUUCCAAUGAAUACGUAUGAUAAGCGCCAGCACGUAUGCAACGAGGAGUAACAACAUUGGGUAUUUAGAAAGGGGGGGGGAGGGGAUACCAUCAUCUUGGCGGCUUCUGGUGGUGCAAUUGAGAUUCAAUCAUUUUAAUUCUACUCGCAUGGCGCAAUUCUGUGCUCAUGCCAGGGGCACUGCACUAUCCACACGCAUUUCAACUACUUCACUGACAACACACAGCUAGCAGUCCGGGCAGACGAAUAGAACUAAUUGAAAAUAAUAUCACAAAUGACGAGGAUGGUAUGAGACAGGUUGGACUAAAAGAGAUGAGAUGAUGACGGUUAUAAAGAAACUGUGGCCUAGGCAGUGUAGAAAUACUGCUUGGACAACGAGACUUGCAGGCAAACUUAAGAGCUGUGGUGUCUCUGAAAACAGGCUGAAAACUACAAUCUACGAUGUCAAACUAUACACAAACCGUGGGAGUUGUUUCCACGACAUCUGUCUAUACCAGCUAUAUCGAAAGGCAGUUCUUAGCAGCCAUUUACGGUCUUAUUUCAUUCGCCGGUGUGCUAGGAAACUGCGCUGUCUUACUGGCCGUGGUUCUCUCCCGUAGACCUCGCACCGUCACCAACGUUUUCGUGGUCAACUUGGCCGUGGCGGAUCUCAUCACGUGUCUGAGUAUGCCCAUCUCGAUCUUGGCUGCUCUGAGUGAGAGCAGGGAAGAGCUGCUCGUCUCUAGAAAUCUGUGCGCGUUUCAAGGGUUCGUGCUCAUCGUUUGCAUCGGCUGCAGCCUGAAUAAUAUUGCCGCAAUCGCCGUCUAUCGCGCCUUGAUCACCCGUCGGCAAAACUCGAGCCGACUCCGAGCGCUGUUCAGUCGCCGCGGCCUGGCAGUCAUGGUUUCUACAAGCUGGCUGAUCCCGUUUGCUGUCGGACUGUUGCCCAUCGUAUCUGAGUUCGGCUCUUAUGAAUACGACUUUAAACUUAGUACCUGCACGUUCAAUCCCACAGCCAACGGAUCCAGUACAUUCUCCAAAAUCAUGGUGGCCCUCUACUAUCCUGUGCAACUCCUUACCACUUUCGCAAGUUACGCUGUCAUCUUGUACACGGUGAGAAGACACCGCCGACGAAUUACUGCUGCUACCGAGCGACGCGUGGCCGUUGUUGGAAGUGCCACGAUGAAGCUACCUCCAUCACCCAACACGCCUGGGCCGUCGCACAAGCCGGCCUGGCAGGGUCUUUCAGCGAAUGACCGGUUGCGAGUAGCGCCUGCUCACGGUCCCCUGCGGCAGCGAAGUCGGCCGGGGUCUUUUCCCGCCAUCCGUCCGUCGUCACGCGCGGCUGUCGGGCCGCCUGCUCAAGGCAGACGCCAUAUCCAUCGACAAAUCAAAGUUAACCUGAGCUUGUUUCUCGUCGUCUUCUUCUUUCUGCUGUGUUUCACACCCUACUCGGUGCUGAUGGCGCUUCUCAGGAAUAAAUCGCUAAAAGUUUUCCCCUUUCUGGGCGCCCUGGUCACAUUCAACAGCUGCGUAAACCCUGUCAUUUACGCGGCCCGGCACCCGGACUUUAAGACGGUCAUUCGCAGCAUUUUGCUGUGCAGGCCCUCCCAGAUACCCAUGAAAUCAUCAUUUCUCCAGAGCUUGCUGAGCUUGCGACGUCAAUGAUAAACACACUACUUUGGAUGCAACUUGCAGACUAAUGAUUUGAAUGAAAGCUUGAAAAAAAUUGCCAUAAACUUACCCUCGACUCCAUCAGAUAUAAUAGUGAACAUUCCCUUUCAGCCAUGGAUUUCAGAAAACGGUGCGUGAAUUUUGAAGUCGGAAUUAUCACCGGAUCCCAUCACUUUAAGUCGAACGCUUAUAUGUAUGUACACUAUUUCAUUGUGAAAUAGAUUACAAUGUGUGAAGACGAACAGAGUAAAAAGUCCAAGAUUAAGUUGCAACUACCCUGGUGUAUCAUCCACUUCCAAUAUCAUUUAAGUAGCACAAAGGGAGAAAUUAAAGAAUGUUUUAAUCUUGUGACAUCAUGAUUACACCCGUAGUAACGACCGUGUGAUCAUGAUGUCACGUUUACAUGUAAUAAGUGAUAAGAACCGAAGUUUGGUAAAUAUACAUAACUGUUUGGCUAGGUGUUUUAGUUUAGUGUUAGUUGUAAGUCUUUAUAAUGCUGUAAUUACUGUUUAACUGUAUUUACUGCUUUUACACUGGAAAGAGAAUGUCAGCCGCUCCGAGCUGAAGUGCACCCGCAAUCGGCGAAAGAAAGACAGGUGGUUACAAGCGGGUUCUUGCACGCGUUCUGCGUGUAUGCAAAGACCAUACAUGCCGGAAUAAAUUAGUUAUGCGUACUCAGCGUGUUCCGCGUCAAGCGCGCAUAUACUUACGCACCUCAUGGCACACCUAUGCGGGAGUACCCCCCCAAAAAACACGCCCUCUUUUGUUCCGCUCGGAGUGGAUAAUAGAACGUAGAUCUGAAUCGUACGUAAAUUCAUGUACGCAGACAUUUUAUAACACACAUUUCCCCUGAAUGCCUUUCGUAUACCCGGUAUAAUAAUGCACAUUUGUAUACUUGUUUUUGUUUCGUGUAAGUACACUAUGCCAUGUGGUACUCACCUACGUUGUAGGCUACCCGAAAAGAGAGUUUUUUGUUCCUGUAGGACCGAAGCAAAUGUAAGCUGCUGUGAGGUUAAAAAACCAGGAGUUCACGAACUAUAGUGACAAUAAAUAAGGGUUCAGAUGAUCGA